UUCGCGCACGAGCACGCACUCGGUGCUCCACAGGCUGCAGCUGGCUGGCCGGCCGAGCUUAGUGGUUCGGUUCCUCUCCCCGCACACUCAGACGCUCUGCGGCGGCAGAUAGGUGGUCCUCGUCCCCUUGGCGAGUUCUCGGCGAGUCCGACGGUGUCGGAGCGGAUUUUUAAAGAAAUUAUUUGACGUGUCCCGACCGAAGUGAACCAUCCUUACCCGCCCACGUUUUGCUGUGGCGCCACCCAGGUCCCCCUUUGAGUGAUGAAGCCGAUCAGAACUGAAAGGCGCCGUCCCGACUCUUCCAGUGACUGAAAAGUCUUCAGCGAGAAAGUAGUUAGCAUUAGCGCUCCUAUGCUAACAAGCGCUCCCCGCCAUGCUGGCCAAUGAGCCCCAGAGCCGCGGCCCCGCCGCCCCGGACGCGGCCCCCCUUGCCGUUGUGCCGCCGCCGCCCCCUUUGCCACCCCCUCCUCCGCCUCCCCCCAUGGUGACCCACCCUGGCAGGAAGAAGCGUCGGGUGCGCAGCUUCUUCUGGAAGCCCAUCCCCGAGGAGAAGGUCCGCGAGAGACCCAACAUCUGGACACUAGUGGGACGGCAGCAGCAGUACCAAAUCGACGUCCGCUCUGUGGAGGAGCUGUUCGGUCAGCAGGAUGAGGCGGGCCGAGGGGCGGCGUCCGCUCCCGGCACGGCGGCUGGGCUCAACCGGUCCCGAUCGUUCAAGGAGAGCAGCAAGGAAGAGAUCAGCAUCCUGGACUCCAAGAGGGGGAUGAACGUGGGCAUUUUCCUCAAGCAGUUCAAGAAGUCCAACCCUUGCAUUGUGGAGGACAUACGGCGAGGACGCGGCGAGGCGUACGGAGCCCAGCCUCUCAAAGACCUCCUCAAGCUGCUGCCCGACACGGACGAGAUGAAGAAGCUGCAGGCGUUCCGAGGCGACCCGGACAAGCUGACGCUGGCCGACUCUUUUAUGUUCCUCCUCAUCCAGGUGCCUCGGUUGGAAGUGCGCAUCGAGGCCAUGGUGCUCGGCGAGGAGUUCCUUCCAUCCUGCGCGCUGAUGAGUCACGACGUAGAUGUGGCACGAGUCGCCACUCGAGAGUUGAUGUGUUGCGAGGAGCUUCACGCCAUUUUGCAUCUGGUGCUGCAGGCGGGAAACAUCAUGAACGCGGGAGGCUACGCGGGGAACGCGGUCGGCUUCAAGCUGUCGUCGCUGCUCUCCUUGGCCGACACCAAAGCCAACAAGCCGGGAAUGAACCUGCUGCACUUUGUCGCUAUGGAGGCUAAGAAAAAAGACGAGGCGCUGUUAAAGUUUCCUGAAAAACUGAUCCACAUCCAGAGUGCCGCCAGGAUCUCGGUGGAGAACAUGGAACUGGAGUUCUCGUCCUUGUAUGUCCGAAUCCGAACUCUGGAGGAGAAGGUUCGUGAAGAUCCCGAGUUAAUGCCGCAACUGGAGCCUUUCCUCCAGAGUUCUAUGAAGACUCUGACGGAUCUGAAGCGUCGUCGUCUGGACCUUUGCAGAGAAGGCAACGCUCUGGUGGACUUCUUUUGCGAGGACAAAGACGCCUUCAAGCUGGACGAAGGCUUCCGCAUCUUCCACGACUUCUGCGUCAAGUUCAAGAAAGCCGUCAAGGACAACACCGAGCGCGAGCUGAAGGAGGUGGCGAGGCAGCGUCGCCUGAGGGAGCUGGAGGAGAAACGACUAGCGUGGUCGCUCCAAGGCGGCGGCGGCGGCGGCGCCUUCGCUCGCAGCAGCAGUGAGAAUGACGUGGAGACCCUCACCAAGGAAGGCCUCUUGGACUUCUUUCAGGGGAGGUCCAAGAGUCCUCACAGUCCGCCGGGACGUUCGUCCAGCGCCCGCCGCCACCGCCACACCCUGACGUCCAUCGCAGACCGGGAACUCCACAGCUACCUGGAGCUGUUCGGAGACAAGUUCAACAGCCUGCCGCGCUCGGGCCGCGCCCCGCAGCGUAAAAGCGCACCUUGGAUGGACAACCGAGACCUGACGUCUCCUCGUGCCGAAACCGAACCCAUCAGCCCUCUUGCCAGGUUUUCCUCGGCGGGGCUGAAGGCCGAUGAGGACCGAUACAACAACAACAACAGCAGCAGCAGCAGAUACUCGUGUCCUCCUCCAUCUUUUGGUGGCCACAUCAACGUGAACGUCGAGAAGCACACUUUGGUUCCAUCUCUGCAAGCCUUUCACCUCCAGACUUUAAAUUUUGUCAAUCAGGACGACAUCCAGGUGAUUGAUCUGGAACGAGACGGACAUUCCGGAACUCUGGAUACAGAUCCGGGACUAGCGAUAGAUUCUUUGACGCAAGAGGACGAAACCAGCUCGGUUUCCUCGACAACCUGCGACACCCCCCUGCCCCUGGACACACCCUUGUCCAAUAAGAGGCCGGCGUUUUACGUCCCGGACUGCACCGAAGCCGACUGCUCGGUCACCCUGGACGUCUCCGAAGUCGACAGCUCGUCUCUUUCCAAAGAGGGACUUCAUCCUGGAGCCGGUGACAAAGGCAGCCCCAGAGAGCUCAGUUCUCCGUCCGCCGAUUUGGACUCGCCCGGGGAGUCUUCGGUCCCGAGAACGAUGGACGUCGCCUCUGCCACGCCGCCCGAGUGGGGAAGCGAAAGCUUUGACGACGCUGCGGUGAAAGAGACUCGAAAAAGCGGAAAACCGAAAAACAAGGCCGGGGACGAAGGCAGUGAUGCCGCUAACGGGGGCGCUAGCACUUCUAGCAGCGGUCUCGGCGGAAGCGGCGCCGCUGUACGGACGCUAACCAGCAGCGAAAGCCAGAGCAUGCGGAAAGUAGUGCCGAUUAGCCGACUUACCAGGACGGGGAGCAAAAAGAAAGCAGAGGCCACUCUAGAUCGACCACACCGCGACCAAAGCACCCCACCGAGAGGACGCCGCGAAAAGACCCUCAGACCCCAGCGACACUCCAGUCUACCUCCUGACGACUCCAAGGCCCAGCGAGGCGGCGGCGGCUUCCCUAUCGGCACGUCAAGAUGCGCGUGCGAUUCCAGUAACUUAAAGAAAACGUCCUCCCUCAAUAAACCCAGCGCCAAACCCUUGAGGAAUCUCCCUAAGCCGGCCCCCGAAGAGAAGAUGUGCCGUUCCACCAUGAGGGCCCUGACGCAAGUCCAGGGCGGCUCGCUGUCGGAAAGCAGCAGCUCCAAGAAUUCCCCCGACGUUCCCAGCUUCGCCCGCAACACAGUAGCGUCGUCUUCCCGGACCAAGAAGGAACGGUCGGCUCACGUCGCCGCCGGUUUGAGUCGGCAGGCGUCGGUCAAGCAGACGAAAUUAGCCUCGGCCGUUGCGGGUGCUGAGGAGCGGACGGGCGUGCGGCGAGUGCACAGCGUCAAGGCGAGCAGUCGCGCCGCCUACCGUAGCCAGACGCCGCCUGCACAGUCUCGGGAUUUGGGGACGCCGAGUAGAAGCGUCAAGCCCAGCUGGAAGUGAACCACAACCAAGCUAGCGUCUUUGAAUUCAUGUUACAGUUUCUCAAUAAUACGAUCAAAUCAUUUGAUAAUCGAUCAGUCAUCGAUUAAUCGUUGCACGUCCAAUUGUCAUAUACUGACAAUCAUCGAGCUCUAAAUCCUCCAGAUUUGAUAGUAGCCUCAAAACUUAAAACCACAUUCCUCUCCAAAAUGGAGUUAGCCACUCUCGGUCUCAAUUAUUGUACGUGGACGUCUUUUUUUUUUUUGCUGCAUGAUGUGGCCUCUACGUGAACCUUAGCGCUACAUUCUAGAAAUGUAGACAACUACCACGUUGUAGAGAAACAUGUAACCCGUUAUACAACAUACGGUACUGGUUGUGCCUGUUGCUAGUGUUUUGAGGACGCCCCCAUACUGUCACGGGGAAGCAUGCCACGCUACGACGCUAAUGCUAACUGAGCAUUUAAGACACUGUGAUGUGAGUUUUCUUGUUAUUAUUAUUUUGUAUUUUUAUUUCUUUUUGCGGGAGUUGACAAUUUGACUGUGAAUGUAGCACCUGGUUAUUUAAUGUGUGCGUGUAGCUUUAGCUCAUCUGGUCAAAAUAUUAGGUACACCUGAGCUUUUUAAAAGGGUACCUAAUGAUGAUGAUGACAAUGAUGUUGAAUGUGCGUUAUUUUGUACAAACGAGUGUUAGGGCUUCAUUGGAAAGUAAGAAAGAUGAAACAUUAUGACAAUAAAAUUGUAGCUUUAAGAAAUGAAUGUCAAUAAUUGGUCUGAUAAAAGUCCCACUUCAUUCUCUUUUUUACCAAAGAUUCAACUUUGAUGCAAAGAAUUUAUUGACGACGCAUUAUUCUUUUUUUCUAUUUUCAGUAACUCUAAUUGUUUUCUUUUUACUGUAAUAUUUCAACUUUUCUCCCAAAAUGUUGCCUUUUUUUCCCCACAUAAUACCCCCAAUUUAUUCUUCUCUGUGUGGCCCUAACACUGUGCGUCCUUUUUUCGCUGUUGUCAUUUUGUCACGCUUGCGUCUUUUAUUAUCAACGUUGGCAUUGUAAAGUACACUGUCAUCAUCUCCAUGGCAACCACACUUAACACACACCAAACAGCCUGUUGCCUUAAAGCCUUGUGUAGCUCCAUACACGCAUAUUAAUAUCAAGACAUCCAUACAGCUGCUUUGUGUACAUAAUAUAAAGACAUAUUUUUAUGACCAUUAAAGCUUUAUAUACAGUA